CCCAAUCAGCUUCAGCCUGAAAGCAUCUGCUUUGCUGGCUUCAGGGUGGAGGGGAGGAGCCUGAGGCCUGCCAGCCUGUUUUGCACUUCCUAAAGGGCGGAGCGGCAAAUUGUGCUCUGUUGGGCGUGUGUGUGUUUCGACGUGUUCGUGUGUGUGCAUGUGCGUAAAUGUUGAUUCAAGGAGUUUGUUCCAGAGAGGACCAAAGGUGACACAUGCUGAGGAGAACACCAUACAUCAAGUUACACAGAGGAUCUAAUUAAAAAAAGCAAACUUAUGUCGCAGCCUAGCCAGGCCACGCCCAAACCGUCAUCUCAGGGCUCCACUGUGACGUCUUCUCAAUUUGAGAAGGCAUCAUCAGGAUCCACAAUGGCUUCAAAGCCCGGUGGAGUUACCACAGAAAAAAGUGGCACCACUGCAAGUACUUCCAUCAGGACAACAGGACAGGGGGUUGCUAAAUCGAAACUUGAGACAGCACCUGUCUCCACUAUAAAGUCUUCCACUGCUGCUACCGGAACGGCGGCAACCACGGCAGCAGCGGCUAAUGCUGCCAUGUCGACAUCUAAAGGCUCACCAAAAAACACAGCCAAGGUGCAAGUGGAAGUUAGUCCCCCAGUAGAAACAAUCGGGGCCAAAGAGCCCCCUGCAGCAGAUCCAUUUGAUGCCCUGGCCAGUAUUCUGCCACCAGUUGAUCCACUCACUCCUAAACAACCUACGUACACUGGGCCUGAGGUCAAAGAGCAUGACGUCACAUCCGAGAAGGCUCGCAAGUGCGGGGAAAGAGACGACACGCUGCCUCCAGGUUACAGAUUUGAAAAUAUGGCUCCACUUCCUGCAGAUGCCAUACCUAAGGAUGUUCCUAAACCACUGAGCACAGAUGAGGCCUUGGAUUCCCUUUCAGCGGGUUUCAUGACAUCAACUGUUCCAACUGCGCCCAAAAUGCAGGAGAAAAAAGACACCACUGCCCCGUGUUACGUUCCACCGCCACUUGUGAAGAAAGUUGACGUCCCUGCACCUGAGCUUUCUGUAGCGGUCCGUCCACCAGCUGAUAAAAAAGCCAAGAUGGAAGUUGAUAACUUUUCGUUGACAGCUGGAAUUCCUGCUGCUCCUCUGAAGAAAGGUGUGUGCGUGGCUCCUCCCCCUGCCGAAAUAGAAACUAAGAUGGACAAAGCCUCUUGUGUUUUUUCUCUGGAGUCUGGCCUGGACACAAAGCCUCAAACCAAUGAGGGUGGCUCCAUGUCUCUUGGUGCUCUCAGCGCUCUCGGUGACAUGCUGGCAGCACCAGAACCCAAACCAGAGCCAAAACUCAGACGUGAGGACAUCGUCUCGGAGGAUAAACACAAGGAGGAAGACGCCGUCCGUGUCGGGGAGCGGGACGACUCAAUUGCGCCAGAGUACCGGUUUAAUGAGGAGGAACUCAAGAAACUGCCUGCUCCGAAACCCCAGCCCACCUUGAACACUAAUGAGGCCCUGGACCUUCUUUCCGGAGACUUCCUGACCUCCUCAGUUGCUCCGGCGCAGAAAGCUGAGGUUCCUGCUUUUGCGCCAACUGUCUCUGUGUGUCCUGCUCCACCCAAGCCUUCUCAGGGUGGCUCCUUGCCUCUAGAUGCACUCAGCGCUCUGAGUGACACUCUGCCGGUGGAAGCGCCAAAACCUGUACCCGCCAAGCUCAGACCCCAAGAUAUCGUUGCUGAGGAAAAACACGAGGAGGAUGAGGCUGUGCGUGUAGGAGAAAGGGAGGACUCAAUCCCACCAGAAUACAGGUUUAAUGAGGAGGAACUCAAAAAUCUGCCUGCCCCUAAACCUCAGCCCACCUUGAACACUAACGAGGCUUUGGACCUUUUGUCCGGAGAUUUCUCCAGCCCCUCAGCUGCCCCGGCACAGAAUAAAACAAUAUUAUCAGCUCAGGAUAUUUUGACUUCAACUCAACGGUCUGGUGUUCACUCAUCGCUUCCUCCUGUGACCAGGACGACACCCGAGGGUGACCACAUGUCUCUGGAUGCUCUUGGUGCUCUUGGCGACACGUUGGCACCACCAGAGCCAACACCAGAACCCCCCAAACUAAGACCCGAGGACAUUGUUACAGAGAAAAAACACAAGGAGGAAGAGGGGGUGCGUGUGGGAGAGAGGGAGGACUCAAUCCCACCAGAAUACAGGUUUAAUGAGGAGGAACUCAAAAAGCUGCCUGCUCCUCAACCUCAGCCCAAGAUGAAUACCAAUGAAGCUCUGGACCUUCUCUCUGGAGAUUUCAUGACCUCCUCUGCUGUCCCUGCUGUCCAGGCUCCCGUGGUUUCCUCCUCUGCUGCUCCUCAGCAUGCUUCUGCAGAUUUUGCUCUGGAUGCCUUAGCAGGAGACUUCGUUUCAUCCUCUGCUGCCCCCACAGUGAAAUCUGCUGCUUGUGCCCCCACAGCAACUGCCUCAGAGCAUUCUGCAGGCACAGACAGUGCCCUGGAUGCUUUAUCAGAAACUCUGAUCACAGAGAUUACUCCUGCCCCUCAGCCAGCCCCAGUCCCCGCCAAAGACAUCGUCAAGGAGAAGAAGGCUGUUGAAGAGAGGCUCAUUAAAAUGGGGGAGAGAGACGACAGUCUGCCGCCAGAGUAUAGACCCACCGAGGAGGAUCUGAAGAAAAUGGCUGAAGCUAAGGCUAAAGACGCCACGCCAAAGAAGACUAUGGACGAUAAAACAGCCUUGGAUUUGCUGUCCAGUGAUUUCGUCACAUCGGAUCUGACUCCACCGGAGCCCUUGCAGCCUAUGUCCUGUCCUGUUCAAGACACACCAGCUCGGACCGUCCUACCAAAUGAGCCGGCAACCAAGGCAAAGGCAGGCACAGGCAAGAGCAAGAGCAAGUCAAAGUCUAAAAAACAACACAUAUCAGAGUCCCCUGGCGACAACCAGCUCUCUGGCCGGCUCAGCUCGGAUGUGGUGCCGACGUCUACAAAGCAUGGAAAGAAGAGCUAGACUGCUCAUUGUCAGGUUGUUGAUGCAGUUUGACCUCCAGAGGCCUUUGAGGACGCACGCACCCACGGGGACCCGAUUAUCUGCAUCGAGAUUGUAUUUUUUGAAAUCAUCAAGGAUGUACAGUAGCUGAACGACAACUUACACACACACACACACACACACACACACACACACACACACACUUGCGUACAACCAUGCAUUGUUUGCUUGGUUUCACUCGUAUUUAAGGAUGAGGAGCUUUCCAUUUUUAUGUGGCGCGACAUGCUGGAACCCCAAAAAGUUAGUUUGCUGGUCAUUGCGGAGAAGAGAGGUGUUGUCCGUGUCGUGUUUCCACUAUCCUACGCCUCACUCGUAACAACGGCCGUGCGAGCUUGGUGACGGCCAUCUUACAUCAGCAGCGCGGCGUGAGUGCAUGGUACUAACAUGUUGUGCGACGCUUUCUACAAAUCCAAUUAGUUUUUUUAUUUUCUGUUUUUUUUUUUUAAUCAUCAUGUGCUCAAGUGCCAUUAAGAUGUUGGUGUAAAGCUGUGUUCACUUUUAUUUUCGACAAUACUUACAAAUAUGCAGAGCUUUGAGGAGGCUUAAUUUCUUGCAAAUGCCAUUUAGAGAAAUAUCUAUAGGGUCUUUGGUAUAUAUUUUUGUAAAAUGUACUGGUUUUCCACAAUUGCACUUUGUAAACCAAGGUGGUGUUUACAACAACUGUAAAAAAAAAAAAAAAAAAAAAGAUUUUACUCUAUAAAAAAAUACACUGUAUGACUUUAAAGGGCUUUGAUGUGUUAAGUGAAUACAAUGACAUUUUCUUCCUCUUUUUUUGCAUGCACAUCAAGAGAGGUGACAUACUUUAGAUAUGGAAAUGCUAAUUGAAUCUAAUAAAUCUAAUCAUCAGUAGAUGUGUUAUUUCCACACCAUUUUUUGCUAAAAGGAAUUAAAAGCUACCUUGAUGUGUGGGGAAAGUCUAAAUAUUAAGAACAUCUUUCCUUACUUUGUUCUCAAAAGUGCAAGGAUGUGUGUGUGUGUCUCAAACCUGAACAAGAACUCCUGAGUUGGUGGUUUUUCACUCUGCAGAAAGGUAGAGCAGCCCACUUCCUGUUCACUUUGGGGGGCUUAAACACAACAUCUAUCUUGUUAAAACUAUUGAACGUCUACCAAUAUAUUUUCGCAUCCCGAAUGGCUGAUAGUGAUGCAAUGAGCGGGUUUUAUUUGUUGAAAUCUGUGAGAAAACAAGGAACAUAAAUAAAGACAAAUAACUCAU